AUGGGAGAUUUAUUGGAAGUGGAGGGUAAAGCACGCGUAUCAAGUAUGAGAAAACCGAUUAAUUUUAAAAACGUUCGCAAAUUUGCACUCGAACGCUUCAAACGCAGACGUGAUCCACACGGCAACGCAACCAGACCACAUACAUUGCAAUUUGAAAGGGAAAGAGUUGUAGCUGGUAGCAUUUAUGGUGGCAUCGGCGGCGGAGCAGGUACUUCGUCAGUUACGUCAUUGAGCUCUGGCAGCUAUAACGUUAAGCGUUCAGUGUCUGUGGAAACACUCGAAUUACCAACGGUAGUAAAAGUUUCAAAGUCAACUGGCACAAAGCCAAAGCGUCCAAAGCGUUUGCGUACGCCACCACUAUCAUCGAUCACACCACGCACGAGCUUACGUCACAAUCAGUAUAAACAACGACUGCAACAUCAUCAAUACACCGAUGUGGUUGUGGAUGCGAGCGUAUUAAACAGUAUGAUGGCACAACAGAAUGGUGAUAAUGAAACUAAACCUCUCACACAGGCCUACCUCACGGAAAAGCCAAAAGUACAACCAAAAUAUGAUGUUCAUCGCGAUGUAUUAUCCCACGAGGUGGUCAUCAAACAGACCGGUUAUGGCGCACGCGACAAAAGUAUCCCAUCGGGUAUGCGCCGUUCAUGGGACAAUUGGUCCUUUCUCUCGCUGUUCGCUGGCAUAGUGCCUAUCGUGCAAUGGUUGCCGCGUUACUCAUUGCGUCGUGACAUGAUGGGCGAUCUUGUAGCUGGCGUCACAGUGGCCAUUAUGAAUAUACCACAUGGCAUGGCCUAUGGUAUACUUGCUGGUGUGACACCUGGUUGCGGGUUGGCGUUAGCCAUAUUCCCGGUAUUAGUGUACAUGAUAUUGGGUACCUCGAGACACAUAUCGAUUGGAACUUUUGCUGUGAUAUCUAUGAUGACUUUGAAAGUGGUGCAAACAUACGCAACGGAGGACCAUAUGAUAUUGGCACCAGAAAUGGUGCGGAAUGGCACAGCGGCGGAGGCGACGGAAGUUGUAAAGGUAGCGGAGAUAAUAACACCAAUAGAGGUGGCAACAGCGCUGGCCUUUUGUACAGGACUUUUGCAUCUUGGCAUGGGCUUCUUUCGCCUCGGCACAUUGGCUGCGCUGCUUAGUGAUCCACUGGUUAAUGGCUUCACCACCGGCGCUGCUGUGCAUGUCAUUGUCAGUCAACUGAAGGAUGUGCUCGGCGUGCACAUACAACGCUACAAGGGUGCCUUCAAAAUUGUCUACACCGUUUUCGAUCUCUUCAAAUCCAUACCAAAAACGAAUAUUAUAGCGCUUUCUAUUUGCAUAUGCAUUAUAAUCUUUAUGACGAUCUGCAAUGAGUUCCUCAAACCUUGUCUACGCAAGCGUUGUCGCUUCCCCUUCCCCGGCGAACUGAUUUCAGUCAUUGGUGGCACUUUGGUGUCACGCCUACUCGAUGUGCAUGGCAAUUAUGGUGUGACAUUAGUCGGUGAUAUCCCAAAGGGUUUACCAAUGCCCGAACUGCCGCGCUUGGAUUUAAUACCCAUGGUAGCGGUGGAUUCAAUAGCGAUUGCAAUUGUUAGUUUCUCGGUGGUUAUGUCCAUGGGAUUGACAUUCGCUAAGAAACAUUCAUAUGAGGUGCGUGCCAAUCAGGAGCUCUUCGCUUUGGGCAUGGCCAAUUGUAUAUCAAGUUGUUUCUCCUGCUAUCCAUUGGCAUGUUCGCUGUCGCGUUCUGUUAUACAAGAACAGACAGGUGGUGUGACGCAGCUGGCGUCACUCGUAUCUGCGAUAUUGAUUAUAAUGACAUUGCUGUGGAUGGGUCCAUUCUUUAGCACACUGCCGCGGUGCGUGCUCGCUGGCGUGAUUAUUGUUGCCCUAAAACCGAUGUUUAUGCAAGCAAAAGAGCUGAAAAACUACUCCAAACAGGGUAAAUUGGAGCUUCUUACAUGGAUUGCGACCUUUGUGUCGGUGGUGUUGAUUGACAUUGACUAUGGCCUCCUUAUCGGCGUUGUCAUCUCACUGUUGGCGCUUUACAUCAAAGGACUCAAACCCUACUGUUGCCUGUUGGGUGUAAUACCCGAAGCAGCAGCCGUCUAUGUCGAUCUCAAUCAUCAUCGCAAUGCAGUCGAGGUGCCUGAAACGAAAAUCUUCCGUUAUGUUGGUUCACUAAAUUUUGCCAGCAAUAUGUACUUCCGGCAUUCGCUUUACAAUGCCAUUGGCAUGGAUACGAAGAAGCUGCAACGUAAUAAAAAGGCUGUGAAAGCGAAUGGCACAACCACCAACAACACCACCACUGAGAAUAGUGAAGCGGGACAAUUGAAUAGCUUUCGAUUUAUUGUGCUGGAUUUCUCUAUGUUGGGGCAUGUGGAUGUGGCUGGUUGUAAGGCGAUAACAGAUAUAAUGAAAGAGCUGAAAGUGUUGGGUGUACGCAUGUACAUAGCCAGUCCGGCAGAUCGUGUCUACGAUACGCUAGUACAUAGUAUGGCGUUAGGUGAAGGGCCAUUCGAAAUCUUUCCAACACUACACGAUGCAGUGGAAUAUGCCAACGCUUGUCGGGUGGCGUGAGGUAGGUUUAAGGGGGGCAGGGGGUGGUUAUUUGAAAACAAAAAGCUUUUAAGCUGCGGCGAUUAGUGAACGCACUGUGAAGAAAACUCCAACAAGCUAUGUAUAUACAUAUUUUGUUGUUAGGUAAAGUUGCAUAAAGAAAACUAAAAAUUUAGUUAUAGUUUAUUUAGGAAGCUUUAACAAUGAGGGAGUGUUCGAGUUACAAAAAAAAAAAUUAAAUAA